UCCAGGCUCCUUUAAAACAGGAGAGUCUGCAGAGAUUCAGAAUCAGAGAAGAACUGACAGACUACUGAUUAACUGUCUGAGGAUCUUCUACCACACAAACCAUACAGGAUGUGUCGUCUGGCCCUCCUGUGUCUUCUCUCGGCCCUGUCUGUUAGCUGGGCUAAGCCCCGCCUCCCUCUACUGUCUCCUGAGAUGGUUCAGUACAUCAACAACGCAGACACCACAUGGACGGCUGGCCAGAACUUCCACAACGUUGACAUCAGUUAUGUGAAGAGUUUGUGUGGAACCCUGCUGAAGGGACCCAGGCUGCCAGAGCUGGUGCAGUCUGGGGACAUGAGUCUGCCAGACAGCUUUGACGCACGGCUGCAGUGGCCCUACUGUCCCACCAUCAAAGAGAUCAGAGACCAGGGAUCCUGUGGCUCCUGCUGGGCCUUUGGGGCAGCUGAGGCCAUCUCCGACAGGUAUUGUAUCCAUAGCAAUGGCAAGGUCUCCCUGGAGAUCUCAGCUGAGGAUCUGUUGUCAUGCUGUGAUGCCUGUGGCAUGGGGUGUAUGGGGGGCUUCCCAUCAGCUGCCUGGGACUACUGGGCUGAGUCUGGGCUGGUUACAGGGGGGCUCUACGGAUCCAAUAUAGGCUGUAGACCUUACAGCAUCGCUCCGUGUGAGCAUCACGUGAACGGAACACGCCUCCCCUGCACAGGUGAGGGGGACACGCCUAAGUGUGUGUCCGAGUGCAAUGCUGGAUACACCCCCUCCUACAAGAAGGACAAACGCUUCGGAAAGCAGACGUACAGCGUUCCCCCGAAGGAACAGCAGAUCAUGACUGAGCUCUAUAAGAACGGCCCAGUGGAGGCAGCCUUCUCUGUCUAUGAAGACUUCCUCCUUUACAAGACCGGUGUGUACCAGCAUGUGACUGGACAGAUGCUGGGGGGUCAUGCCAUCAAGAUCCUGGGCUGGGGAAAGGAGAAUAACACCCCCUACUGGCUGGUUGCCAACUCCUGGAACACAGACUGGGGUGACAAUGGGUUCUUCAAGAUCCUGCGGGGAAAGGACGAGUGUGGCAUCGAAUCAGAGAUAGUGGCGGGGAUACCCCGGCUUUAAAGAGAUAUUUUAAGGCUGUGUUCAGAGGGUGCUCUCGAUGGCCUAUCCACCACCCUGCCUCCUAAUUCAAAGCGAGGGUGUCCUGCAUAAUCCUCAGUAUGGAUGUCUGGGUUUCAUAACUGAUCCGUUUUAAAUUGUAGAUUCAUUCUAUGCUAUUAGGGUUGGUUUCCCAGACUCAGUUUAAGCCUAGUCCUGGACUAAAGGCUAUUUCAAUGGAGAUUAUAUAUUUACGAUGCUUUUGACUAGGCUUAAUCUGUGUAUGUGAAACCGGCCUUUUAUGAUUGUAAUAUUUAAAAGCUACUCAUAAACUGCUUAUGUUUUUGAA